AGUCUGUGAGUUCAGGAAAAUGGCCGAGGCCAGUAUUUCAGUAGCUCAGGACCAGUUCAUGUGUCCAGUGUGUCUGGAUCUCCUGAAGGAUCCGGUGGCUAUCCCCUGUGGUCACAGUUUCUGUAAGGUGUGUAUUAAUGACUGCUGGGAUCAGGAGGAUCAGAAGGGCGUCUACAGCUGUCCUCAGUGCAGAGACACUUUCACGACAAGGCCUGUUCUACGCAGAAACAACAUGCUGGAUGAAGUGGUGGAGAAACUGAAGAAGACUGAAGUCCAAAUUGCUUCUCCUGCUCACUGUUACACUGGACCUGGAGAUGUGGAGUGUGAUUUCUGCACUGGGAGAAAACACAAAGCCGACAAGUCCUGCAUGAUUUGUUUGACUUCAUUUUGUGAAAUUCAUCUGAAACCUCAUCUUGAAGUUCCUGCUUUGAAAAAACACACAUUAAUUGAAGCCUCAGCAAAACUCCAAGAGAAGAUCUGCUCUGAACAUAACAAGCUGAUUGAGAUCUACUGUCGUACUGAUCAAACCUGCAUCUGUUAUUUGUGCAUGUUCGAGAAACAUAAAGACCAUGACGCUGUUUCAGUUGCAACAGAAAGAGCUGAGAAACAGAGUGAGUUAAAGGAGGAGCAGAUGAAAUCCCAGCAGAGAAUCCAGGAGAAGCAGAAGAAGGUGCAGGAGCUGAAACAGGCUGUGAACACUAUAAAGCUCAGUGCACAGACAGCAGUGGAGGACAGUGAGAGGAUCUUUACUGAGCUGAUCAGCUCCAUGGAUAAAAAGCGCUGGGAGGUGACGGAGCUGAUCAGAGAUCAGGAGAAGGCUGAACUGAGUCAAGCUGAACGACUCCUGGAGCAACUGGAGCAGGAGAUUGCUGAUCUUCAGAGGAGAGUCACUGAGCUGGAGCAGCUUUCACACACACACGAUCACAUCCAUUUCCUCCAGGUAACACUCACUGUUUUAGCUUCUGGACUUCGGUCUCCUCAAUUUCAAAGACCAUCAUUUCACACAUCCAGCGUCACUGUCCAUCAAUAUCUCUCAUUUGAUGGAGUGAGGAAUUCUCUUUCAGAUCUGAAAAAGAGACUCGAGGAAUUCUGUGAGGAGGAAUUCAAUAAAAUCCCUCCACAUGCUGCAGCAGUUCAGAUAAUUUCAGGACCAGAAUCACAGAGCAGAGAAGACUUUCUGAAAUAUUUCUGUUAUCUGACUCUGGAUCCCAACACGGCACAUCGUCGCCUCAUUCUGUCUGAGAAGAACAGAGCGGUGAGAGACAGUGAGAGAGAGCAGCAUUACUCUGAUCAUCCAGAGAGAUUUGAUUCCUGCAGGCAGGUGUUGUGUAAGGAGAGUGUGUGUGGACGUUGUUACUGGGAGGUGGAGUGGAGCGGUGAUGGUCUGUCCAUAUCAGUCUCAAAUAAAGACAUCAGAAGGAAAGGACGGGGUGAUGAGUGUGGGUUUGGAUUCAACAAUCAGUCCUGGAGUCUGUGCUGUUCUUCUUUUUCUUCUCUCUUUUUCUAUCACAACAACAUUAAGACUGAUCUCAGAGUUCCAUCACCCUCCAGAAUAGGAGUGUAUGUGGAUCACAGUGCAGGAACUCUGUCCUUCUACAGCGUCUCUGACACGAUGAAGCUCCUCCACAGAGUCCACACCACAUUCACUCAGCCUCUAUACGCUGGGUUUAGGUUCUGGUCUCCUGGUUCUACAGUGAGAUUGUGUGAUCCAGAAUAAAAGUGUGUAGUGUUUUCUGUAAAAUUCCUGCACGUUGCCACGUUGUUGCUCAGUCGUCUGUUUCACUAGAACACAAUCCAGCUGCACAAAAACACUCAUUUUAAUAUUUUAAUGAAAACAGAUGAAUAAUUUAAAAUAAUUGAAAAGGAAAUGUUAAAAAUUAACUGUCAGACAAGAAACUCGUCAAAUUUACAAAGAAAAUGAUCUCAUGACCUUCGCAUUAUAAAGUUGUGUUUGUUUCAUAUUAAGCAGCGUCUCAUUAAAUAACUAA